UGUCAGUUUAUUGUUUUAAAAAGUAAAGUUCACAUUCCGUAUUUGUACCACACAAUACACACAUAUACGCAAGGUUUUUCUUCAAAUGAACUGAUGGACAUGGAUGAAAAAUGGAAAUUUUUAGUUUUAUUCAAUACUUUUCAAAGUUGAUCGGUUGUGAAAUGUGCCGCGGGACAAUUGCCGAAAAACUAUGGGUGGUUGUAUAGGAAUUUCCCGAAGUCACAGUGGGGCUGUGGGAAAUAGCGGGACAGUUACCAGGCCUAGGCCUGUGUCAGGUAAUCAGCACAACAAAAAUUACAGACUGGCUCACGAAAUUAUCAGAUGGAAGUCAGACGUGCCCCUCACAGAGGGGCAACUCAGGUCGAAAAGGGAUGAAUUUUGGGAUACCGCUCCCGCUUUCGAGGGGCGCAAAGAAAUUUGGGAUGCAUUAAGGGCUGCUGCACUAGCCGCAGAACAACGAGAUUAUGAACUGGCCCAAGCUAUUUUAGAUGGUGCCGGUGUUUUUGUUCCCAAUGGGUAUAUUACAGACUGCUAUGAUCAAUUAGGUGAAAGAUAUCAAGUGCCGAUUUACUGCCUUUCCUAUCCUCUAAAUAUAGUCAAAGAGGAUGGACGCGAUUCUCCGGCUAUUGAAUCGGAACCGGUUGAAGCUGGCACGGAAACCGUGCUGAAGCUGAGACUCAGCCAUAAUUGUAGUGAUGUCAAAUUAGCUGUGUAUUCUAGCGAUAGUAUCAGUGUGUGCAAGAAAAAGUUACAGAGUCAGGAAGGUAUCGAAACGUCGCGUCAACGAUGGUUCUACGGUGGCAAACUCCUAGGGGACAAAUUACACGUAGAAGAAGCCAAAAUACCUCCCGGUUACAUUGUGCAAGUUAUCGUUAACAUGGAGAUUAUGGGCAGCCCGCCAGUUUCGAGCAAAAUGGCCUUAUGAUCCUCACUGGGGGCGUUGUAGAUAGAUAAAUAUAGUUCUAGAAGGUUAGCAUUUACAAGUCAAAAAGAUGGGACUGACCAAAAAAACAUGAGGUUGUGACUUACAGCAUGAAAAGUCCCUGAACAUUUUUUUAGGACCAUAUCAAAAUAGAAACUAGAUAAUAAUAACAAACAAAGACAUUAGCCAGAGAUUGAUAUAAUUGUGUUAAGAAAGAAAAAAGGAAAAUUGAAAAAAAAAUAAAUAAAAAUAAUGAAGGUUUUUUUAUUUUAUUUUGAAAUUUUUGUUUUUUCAAUUGAAUUGGAGAUUAUACAAGUGUUUUAUGCCACAGGCCUCUGUAAUACCUACCUAGCACAAAAAUUUGCAUUAUUUUUACAACUAAAUAAAUUAAUAUAAAAGGUAUUCUGAAUGCAUACAAUACAUUGUAUUAAUUUUUUUAACAAACUCACCUCAAAGUAAGAUUUUAUAGGGUGUGAAGUUUCAUUGUACAAUAAAGUGUCCUUUAAUUUAAAAAGAAAAAAAACGCACAUUUUGUUCGGUAUUGAAUUGAGUGCAAUUAACUUAUAGUGAUUUAGUAGUUUUACAAGUGUUUCUGAUUCUUUGUAUAUAUUUCAAGGCAUUUUCUUCAGGUAUAUUUUAUAGAAAAUCUCACACUGAAGACGAGAUUUGUAAUAUAUUUUACAUACCUACUUUUAAUUUGUAAAAAAAAUAGGUGAACUUGCUUUUAUUUAACGAAGUAAUGCAUAUAAUUUAGUCAUAGGUUUUUUACCGUAUUUUUUUUUUUAUAUAGGUAUAAAUUAUUAUUUACUCAAUCCUGUAUAAUAUUUUACUGCAAUAAUUAUUGACCAAAUUCUCUAUAUUAGUUCACUAGUUAUUUUUCAAUAUAUCUUAUGUUAAUUUGUCCAAUAGUCAAAAUUUUCUAGUUACAAAUAUGUUUUGCAAACUCAUUAUAUUCCAUUGUGUUCACCAAUGCUAUUAGUCAAUAAAAACAGAAAUAUUAAUUUAUUUUAAUGGUAAGGAUACUAAAAAAUACUCUUGACUGUGUAAGACUGCCCUGAGAGAUGAUAUUUUAUCAUUUAGAUAAUUAUUGUUUAUUAUUAUUUUUAUUAUUAAAUCAAUAAGUAUCUAUCAAAUUAUCCUGUUGAUAAUAAUAAAACGCUUACGUGUGCAAUUAAAUUAAUUUCUAUUUUUAUCCAUAAUAAGAAGUAAUCAAGAAAUGGCUUAGGGAUUAAAUAGCAAGUGGAAAUAUAAAAUUUAAGUUUAUAUUUCUUGAUUACCCAUUAUAAAUAUUUGAUUGGUUUUAAAUAGGCACAAAGAGUGAUUAAAACAAAACGUCAAUAUUCGAGAAAGGUUUGUAAUAUAGUAUGCAAGGUACCAAUUCUGAAUUAUUUUAGAGUACCUUUUUAACUUACAGAUAGAGUGUACCUUGAACUGUGUUUUUUUAUUAUUUAUAGAUAAAUAAAGGAUUUGUUACAAUAUUUUUAUUUUAUUUAUUUGUAUAUAUAAUUUGUAUAUAAAAUAUUUAUAAUAUCCUUCUUAGACUAUAAUAUUAUAUUAUAAAUUACAUUGACUGGACUGUCCGAUAUUACUCCAAACAUUCUUAUAGACCCUAACCAAGUUGAAUAUUUGCUCUAUCUCCCUGCCUUUUGUAACCAAUGAAAAUAUAUUUGAUUCCUUCAAAGGAAUAGUUGCAAAAAUAGCAUUAUUUUCUGCUGCAAAAUAUCCAUUCAGCUCUUUAUUUUGUGAGGCCGUUUUUGCUGCGUCCAAACUAUAUGGCAAUACAGUCAGUAAUCUUGAAGGUAGUUUUUUCGAUACUUCUUGAUAGAAUUCUUGGGUUUCUGGUGUUUCGGUUAGAAGAAUUACAGCAUUUC